CACGUGAACCAUUUUAGAGUCUACACGGAAGUCUAUCUCUAUAAGGAAAUUCGGGGUAAGAAAUCCUUUCAUCAAAAAUACAUUAGCUCAAAAGCUAUAAAUAAAGGACACGUAAAGACGCAUCCUUCUUCUCUUUAUCUUUUCUCUCUGCCAUGUUCGAAUCUCACACUACUACCACUGUCUAUACCUCUGAAUCUACCUCUGAAGGUGGCGUCCAGACCUCCUUCUCUUCCUCCCACUCUCACACCUCUGCCACUCUCUCCAUUCACGUUGCCACUGCCUCCAACUUGGUUGCUGCUCAACGCUUUGGUAAGCAAGACCCUUAUCUUCGCUUCUCCUUGGACUUCAACAACAAGGAAGCCUUCUUCAAGACUUUCACACACAAGGAUGGUGGUGAAAGUGCUGUCUGGAACCAAUCUUUCACUCUCCCCUUGAACGGUGAGCCCGACCUCUACGUUGAAGUCGUCAAUGAAGAAAACACUAUUGAUGAAGUCAUUGGUUUCUGUGCUAUUCCUAUCAACCAAAUUGUUCAUGCUCCUGGUGCCAACUUAAACGGUCUCUUUGACCUCUAUGAUCUCAAGGGUCAACGCGCCGGUACUGUCAACAUUCAAUUUGCUGCCCUUGGUUUCCCCAACUCUCGACCUGCUGACUUUAGCGGUCAACCCGUCCGUGGUCAAUCUUAUGUUCAUGAAGGACAUGCUGCUCGUAUGAAGUCCUCUCACAACAAGGCUACCGGUGUUGCUGUCGGUGCUGCUCUCCUCGGCGGUGCUCUUGCUGUCGGUGCUGGUUUCCUCGGUAAGAAGAUGUAUGAUGAUCAUAAGGAACAAGAAGAACAGGAAAGACUUGAAGAAGAAGAGAAGCAACGUCUUGCCCAAGAAGAAGAGGAGAGACGUAACCGUGAACGUGCUGAGUUUGAGGCUGAACGUGCACGUUUCGAAGCUGAAAAGAACGAAAGAAGAAAUGAGGAAGAACACGAAAAGAAGGAAUGUAAGCCCAAGAAGGAGUGCAAGCCUAAGAAGUGUGAUGAUGAAAAGAAUAAGCAUCACAAGAAGAAGUGUGAUGAUGAUGAAGAAGAACAUCACCGCCGCCGUCGCAGUAGCAGCAGCAGCAGCGAUGAUGAAGAUGCCAAGAAGUGGAACCCUGUUGGUACCUAUGCUGCUGGUGAUCGUGUCAAGUAUCACGGUAAGGUCUACGUCUGCCUCCAAGGUCACACCUCUAACCCUACCUGGACUCCCGAUGCUGCUCACUCUCUCUGGCAAGCUGAGUAAAUACCCCCUCUCUCAUACUCUUUUCUAUAGCAUGUAAAAAAAAUCAAAUUCUAUAAAUAAAAGUCAUGUAUAGUUCUUUUGUGUAUAAAAUAUUUACCUUUUUUGAUGUAAAUAGCGCGUUUAAGAGCCCGCUUUAAUUUAAAAGUAGACCAAGACAAAGGAGUUCAGCCAAGUCAUUGAAGCAGUAAUAGGAUGACUAUAGAACUGCAAGGGAAUAUAUAAAGUUAUUAAGUCUAUAAAUAUCACAUACACAAAGCUUGUGUAUCACUUUUGAUGCCCCCAUCAAUAUACUUUCCAUAAACAACCGCGCUGUUUCAACAGCAACUUUAAU